UUUAAAUUUACCUCCAAGUCACCGUGGCCAUGCAUUUGUUAAAAUAGAUAAUUUUUGUUUCAUAUGAAUGUAACUAUUUAUGUUAUAAAUUUCAUUCAUUUUUAUUUUCUAAAAUAAAUAUUUAGAUGUAGUUAAAUAGAGCCCAUAAAAUUAAAUACUGAAUAGUAGUAUGUAAUCAUAUAAUCAAGUGAGCACACUGCCGCCAUUCCCCUAUAAUUGAGUGAAAGUUGGUUAGGUCUUCAAGUUAAUUCACGAUGAGGUGAUAAUGUAUACAUUUUUUCAUUAAACUUCGUUACUUACAAUGGCUAAGGCAAAUAACGGUGGCAGGACGAAAAAAUCUCAUAACUACAAGCCCUAUGAUACUUCGAAUUCCUUUGUGAAGCGAAUUACUGCAAAAGUUUCCGAAAUCAUACCGCAAUCAUCUUCAUGGGUCAGCAGAUUAUUUUCCCCUGCUCCAAAGAUAAAUGUGCGUGAGCGCGAAGAAUUAGAAGAAGAAGAUGAAGAGGAAGAAGAAAGACAGCCACCUUCUAAAAGACUAUGUUUCCGGUCAUCUGAAUCAAAUGAUUAUUCUCACCAUAACAAUGUUAACAGAUUAAGUGAUUUAGAUCGAGAAAGUGGGGAUAUCAGCCCUAUUCUUAGUAGCAGACUAGACACUGAAAGAGACAGAGCUGUGCCAGGGCCAAGUGGUCUACAUUUGCGCAAUUUUGUAUCUUCCACACCUGCUGUACGACAAACAACCUAUGAGUCUUCACCCAAAGCAUCUCCUACUUUUGUGAAAAGGACUCCAUUGGUUGACCAGAAGAAAAAUGCCAAUAAAAGAUCUAGUUUGAAUCUCUCUAGCUCAAGUACGAUCAACUCUACCCAACCAAGUUUUGAUACUUUUGUCUUUAGAAAUCCUUUAAACAAGAGUGGUCUGAGACCUAGAACAUCUUUAAAUGAAAGCUGUUUUUACCCUGGAGAAACUACAUAUGGAGGUGCUUCUGCUCGUCUGUUGACUGUGGAUCAACCAAAAGCAAGGGUUGUAAAUGUUACUGCAUCCCCUACCCUACAGAGGGACACUAUUGGAACCUCAGCACUAAGAAUACUUAAAGCACUGGAACAGUUUUCUACACCAGUGUUAGAUGCUAAAAAGAUACCGGUUAGAACUGAAGGAGCUAAUUUACGUAAAAGAAAACCACCACAACCCUACGAAGAACUAAUUUUUCCAAGCAUGCCUGAGCUACUGAGUUUAAAGCGACGUGAAGUUGUGAACAAACCUACAAUUUCAGAGACUGAACCUCAGCCUUCACCGUCAACCUCUGCAGCAGUCUCCUCAGGAUCUGGGUUUUCAGUUCCAUCGGUUUCUAAACAGAUGGCACCCGCUCCAUCAACCAAUGCAGAUUAUUCAUUAAGGCCAGAAAGCACAAAAGAAGCGCACAUAGGAAGUAUUAAAGGACGCCAAAAAGAUGAAGAACUUCAAACAGAAAGAGUACCAGAAUUAAAUCUUCCUAAUGUGCAGCUAAAAAUAACAUCUCUGCCCAAAUUUGACUUGAAAACUUCAACACAAGCUAAACUUGGAUCUCCAAAAAAUAAUUCAGUGACAGUUUCAAAAAGCUUACCAAAAUUUGAGUUUUCAGAACCCGAAACUUUAGAAAAGAUUUCUUCUGAGAAGAUUAUUCCAAAUUUCCAUGUCAAUGCUUUCAAAUUUAGUGAACCUCUUACCUCAAUUGAGACAAAUAAGAAAACCCUCAAAUCUCCUUUAUCUCAAAAUUCAUUUCCUUUGAAAGACAAUCUUAAUGAAGUAAACACUCUAAAAAUGAAAGUAUCUUCUCCAAACUUUAAACUUAAAAGGAAAUCCACUGAAUCUAAUCCUAAAAAGGAAACCAAAAACUUUGAAUUGAAAAAGUCUUCUGAGAUGAAAACUGGUAGCAUUAUUGAAAUAUUCAACAAAAAUAAUGCAAGCUUAGAAAAAGUUGAAACUCUAAAACAUUCUGAAAAGAGUUUACAGUGUAGUAAAUGUAAGAUAAAUUAUGAUAAAAUUAAAGGUAAGUGCUCUUGUGAAAAUUCUAUUGGAUCUAUCAAACAUACUAAAGACAAUGCAUCUGAAUCCAAAUUAGACAGUAAAAAGAGCACAGUUGUUGAUGAAAAUUCAGAAAAGAAAAACAAAUCUAAUAGCUUAGAAAAAGGAAACAAACUUGCCAAGGCUCCUCUGAAAGGAUUUGAAGGUUAUAAAAAACCUGCCGAUACAUGGGAAUGCAAAGAAUGUUUUGUAAUGAAUAAAAAUUCAUCGGAUGCUUGUGUGUCUUGUUCUACUCCUAAAAGUGGAAAACCUCAGAACUCUGUUAAUACUCUUACUGUAACUCCUGCUGCAUUAACAUUUUCUUCUAGUGGAAAUAAAACUGAUCCACUGAUUAAAACUGCUGCUAAUUUUGUUCCCAUGGCCAAUUCUAUUAAAAAGCCUCCAGGACAGUGGGAAUGUAAUGCAUGCUGGGUACAAAACAAAUCUGAUGUUACUAGUUGUGUUGCUUGUAAUGCUUCAAAACCUGGGUCUGCAUCUGUUGAAAAACCUAAGCCUACAUUUUCUUUCGGCAUUCCUCCUGGAUCUAAUGAAUCUAGUGGCUUUAAAUUUGAAGCUAAUCCAAACGCACAGAAAAAUGAUAAUGCCACUGAGAAACCACCUCAGUUUUCUUUUGGAAGCUCUAAUGAAGAAGUUAAAAAUGCUGGCUUUAAGUUUGGUACAGACCAGAAAAGUGAUUCCGUGCCAAAAACCAAUGCCUCAUUUCCACCACUUAUUAAUUCAUUCAAAAAAUCCAAUAAGUGGGAAUGUAACUCCUGUCUAGUUCAGAAUGAAAACGAUGUCAAUAGUUGUGUGUCGUGUACUGCACCUAAGCCUGGAGCGAAUCCGGUAGAAAAGCCUAAACCAACAUUCUCUUUUGGAGUUACUAGUACAAAUUCGUCGUCUACUCCAAAUUUACAGAUAGGCUUGAAUUUAAAUACUCAAAAGAUAGAAACUACUGCUGUUCAACCUCAGUUUACAUUUGGAAGUCAGCCAGAUGAGAAGAAAAGUACUACUUCUGUUUUCAAAUUUGGAUCCAAUGAACCUAAGCCUAACAAUGAAAGUAAGCCAACAUUCACUUUCAUGAAUUCAGACAAGCCUAAGGAGAGUGAACCACCAAAACCUGUUGUCUCCAAUUUGUUUUCCUUCGGAAGUAAUGCCAAAGGAAAUAAAACAGAUGAUACUUCUGUCGAUGAUGAAAAGCCUCUUAAGAAAAAAGUCAGUUUUGGGAAACCCCUGGUUUCUGAAAAGCGUAUCAGCAAUGAUACCAAUUCUUCAAUAUUUGGUAGUGUAAUAUCAAAAAGUAAUGAUGGUUCAACAAAUUUCACUUUUCCAACCAAAUCUCCAUUUGAAAAUAAUUCUACUGCAUCCAAGGAACCUGGCAAAGAACCAGCUCCAAAUACUUUUAUAUUUGGCAGUACUGAACCCAAUGCUGUUUUGAAACCAUCUUUAUCUGAACCAUCUAAACCUAUUAGUUUUAGUGCACCUCCUAGUGAUACUAUUAACCUUGCCAACAAUGAACAUUCCAACACACAUAAUAUUUUUGGAGGAUCAUUUACUGGCUUCAAACCUCCGGAAACUGAAAACAAACCAUUUUCUUUCAUUGGAAAUUCACAAAGUAACCAAGGAGGGCAGUUCACAUUCAAUGCUGUAGCAUCUGCUCCUACAGAACCAUUUGGAGGCCAACAGCCUAGUUCAGGAUUGCCGAUGUUUAAUCAACAGCAACCACAGCAGGCUCCCCCAGCACCAGCACCUUCACUGUUCAGUCAGCAGUCAGAACCUAAACCGUUUGUAUUUGGUGCACCACCUCAGCAGCAGCCACCUUCCUUCUUCACAUUCACUGCUGCUCCUCAACAGAGUACUGGUAUUGGUGCAACAACUACGCCUGCAUUUGGUGGAUUUGCUGCACCUUCGAAUUCUGCUCCUGUUUUUGAUCCAAAUGCUAAGCCUUCAUUUAAUUUUACUGGUGGUGCUACACCUUCCUUUUCGGCAGCAGCUGUUCCAAACAGCACAGGAGAAGCAGUUCCUGAAGUGAGGAGGGUUAGAAAAGCAAUUAGAAGAACGACACAGCAUAGAUAAAGUAUACGCCCUGCUCUGCUUAAUGACUAAUCUUACUAACACAGACUGACUUAUGGGCACAGUUUUGUUUUGUAAAUUAUUAUUGAAAUUUUUCCGAAAUACAAUUUUCGGUUUAAAUAUUUUAUCUUUGCAUAAAAUGCAUUUCAUUGUAGAAUAUGUAAUUAAUUUUUGUAUUUUUUUUUUUUAAUUUUCAUUUUAGAGUCCAUUUAAGGUUUAAUUUAAAGUAAUUAAAGUGAAAAAAUUUUCUUUUAUACCAACUUGGCUUGGACUCCAAUUUGUGUGGUUGAUUUACAGAUCCUUGCCUUUUACUGUAAAUUUGUAACUAUGUUCCUUUUAUUUGUCAGAUAGUUGGUUUAUUUUAUUUUUAGUUUUUGGACUUGAAAGUGGAAAGGAAAUAAAUGUAAACAGUGUAAAUUUUAUUGUUAUAAAAGUUAUUUGAUACAGCAUUGUUCUAAAAUCAAUUGAUUUUAUAAUAUUGUCUGAUUCAAACAAUUUAUGUUUAAUUCAUAUGCGUAAUAAUAUUGGGCAAAUGUGUAAAUAUGAUAUAUAUGUGUAAAAUUUGUUAAGCUUGCCCUAAAAUAAUUUUACUGUUAAAUGUAAUUAAAGAUUUGUCAUCUCCAUCCAUUGUGAACAUUCUCCUGUGUAUAUAUUUAUGCUAAUAUAUACAUAUACAUUGUAUAUAUAUGUAAAAUCAAGUUAGAUAUUUUAAUUUGGAUUGUAUAAAUUCAUUGAUUGAAGUGAAGUGUAAAUUCAAGACUUAUUGUUCAUGGUUAUGGCCUUGUUUAAAAAGUGCCAUUUAAGGAGAAUUUUCACAGUAAUUGAGUAUCGGCUUUACUUAAAAUAUGGUAUUGUUAAAUUGUAUUUAUUUUGGGAGACUUUGUAAGUAGUAUAGGUUAAAAACUAGUGAAAUGCACACAAAACUGAUAUAAAUUGCCUGGCCCAUGGAAUUCAUGUGUGCACUUUUUAUAAUAUAGUUGAAGUCAAAUUGAAAAGAAUUUUUAAUAUUUUUGUAUAAAUGUAAUUGAUUUUAAAAUAUUUUGAGAUGCAUUGAUGAAUGCAGUUUUCGCCCCUGUGAUAUUCGGGUGGGCCAGGUUCUAACGCAGGCUCACUCCUAAGUUUUGUAAAUAGUUAAUGAAAGGCCUUUGAUGAAAUUGUAUAUUAUUCAGAUAUCAUGGGCCGAAAAGAUUUUGUUUAUUUUUUUUUUAUUAUUUUUUUUAUUCAAGAAUUGAAGGAGUUAGACUGCUUAGUGUGUGUAAAUAGUAGUGUGUAAUUAUAGUUAACAAAAUUUGUGGGUCAUUUGAAUGUUUAUGUAUGAAUGUUGUUAAAUAUUGGUUUCUGCUAACAUUAAGUCAUUGUUCCAUGUUUUGUUUUGUUCGAAAGUGAAGAAAUAUAUAUAUAUAUGUAUCAAUUCCUGGUUUUAUAAAUGUAUCUAGUCACAUAUUUUACAGCUGGCUGGUUUCGUUUAUUUUCCCAUUUUUACUUUUUUAAUGAUGAACCAGAUCAAUAAAAUGAAAAUUUCAAAAUUGAAAGUGUUUUUUUUUAUAUAUAAUUGUCAAAUAAGGUAUUCUUCCAGUUGAUUAUUUUAUACAUAAGUAAUAUUUGUUAUUAAGGAACUAUUGUUACUUAAAUGCUGAAACCACUACCAUGCCGUUGUGAAUAUUCAUUUGUUAUUGAUUUCACAAUAUAUAGUAAGACUGUUUAGAAAACUCGCAGGAACCACAAUUUUAUUAUUUUUUUUCAGAUCAUGUAUAAAGUUCCAGUUUUUUUAUUACUGUUUUGUCCGAUGAGGAUUUUAUUCACAAACCUGUUUUCGUUGAAUACUUUUUAUUAUGUAAGAUAUAUAUAUAUUUAUAUAUAAAUAAAUUGUGGUAUUUCAACUUGAGGUUGUAUCCAGUUAUUUAUAAAUGUAUAUUAAAUAUACCAAAACCUGAAAGUUGUGUUCUAAACUAAAAAAUUGUUAAUAAAAUCUUUUAAAAAACACCAUAUAUCAUUGGUAUUAAAAAAAAUCUAAAAUGGUACAGAAACCUAAAGUUGAUGUAUAACAUUGUACCUGUUAAAUAAAAUCUUUCUCUAUUUCAUUCCAAGCUUUUAUCAUUUACUAAGUAUUAGCUGAUAAAAUCAAACAGACAAUGGAAUGAGUUUUAACAGUGGAGAAGUUAAGAUUUUGUCAAAUAUAUAUAUAUAUAUAUUUUGGAGGACUUAAAAUUUGCCAUCACAGUUGUUGGGGAAGAGAUGUAUGGGUUCAUUAGAACUACUAGCAACUCAGAAUAAUGUUAGUUUCCAAAUUUCUAAUGUUGGCCAUUCGGAAGGAUACGAUGCCAAAGGGAAGCGAAUUAAGCAGUAAGUGACUGCACAGGAUCCAAAAAGAAAUAUGAAAAUGAAUGAAAAGCCUUGAUAAACCAUCCAUAAAAUAAUUGAACAAAUCUAGAAAUAAAAUGUUUAAUUUAUGUCUUAUAAGAAACCUUUUUUUUUUUUCAGAAGAGUCCCAAAAUGUUACCACGAAGGGUCCCCACUUGUCUUAAUCGGGAAAGUCUGGAGCCUUUUGUCAUUUAGAAUCCGCGGCAUGUAUCUCACGUUCCAACUACUUUACUUAUAAUCUUUAAUGAGAAGAAUUCAGCGAAUUUUCUUCUAAAUCUUAGAACUUAUGGCAUGACAGACUAUAAAGACACAUAUUGUUAUAGCAUACAAGGAGCCCGAUUGGGUACAUUGAAUAUGAAGGGUCAAAAACUAUAGAAUAACCAGCCUACCUAUUCUAGAGAAAAUGGAGGCAAAGAUAGAUAGAGCAAUGAAUGAAAAUGUGUCAGUAGGACGACUCUGGAAUCUCUGAAAUAUAACGAUCUGAAGAACCAGUAUAAUUUAAUAUUUUAUUUGUUUGAAAAGGUUGCAUUGUUAGAAACACCUUUAUCACUUUCAUUUCACUCAUUUUGUAAAUAAUAAGAUUCAUCAACAUAUUUUAUAUAAGAUCAGUGGUAUGAUAUUUCUUAAACAAAUUUCAGAACUUAAAUUAUAAUGAUGAAAGAAUUUUGUUUUAGCAAAUCAAAUUUAUGUUUUCUAAAACAAAGGUUAGACCAGCUACAACCUUGGGAACCAAUAUAGCAAUAUAGAAAAUUAAAUCAUACAAAAUUUAAAUUCAUAUUAAUACAUAAAAUGUGAAUAACAAAACAUUUUAUGAUACAUGGUUAACCAGUGUCUUAUGGCUUAACAAAGAGGAAGUGGAAUAGGAAGAUUAUAAUUGUGGAAAAGGGUGAGGCAAGUCUGAUUUGAAGUGGUAGAGAAUUCCAGAAUGUGGUAAAGCAGAUAACAAAGGAUUGUUGAAGGUAGAAAUAUAGAAAAUUCAAUUUUUAAAGAAGUACAAAGUCUUUAGGGUUUUGAAAGUUGUGAUUUUAGUCCAUAUGUAAAUUAUACGGUUACCUUUAUAAAACUGCUAGAUAUUAGAGAAUAUUAAAUUAAAUACAACAAAUGAACUAUAAAAUUAAACCAAACAAUUUAUUCAUUUUUCGACUAGCAAAAUGUUCAAUAAGUAAAGUCUAUAACCUUUAUCACAGAAUUCUUAAAUUAAUUUUCAACACUAAGAGAAGCUAUACAGUGCACAACUACUACUAGUAAAAUAAAAGGAGAUAGUAAAUAACACUUAAAUAUAAUGAUACACUAAAAUUAUCUAUAAAUAAAUAAGUCUAAUGUAGCUUGGAUAUUAUUUAUUAGGUUGUCUGAAAAAUAAUGCAGGAUUUUGAGUUUUCUUUAAUAUACCUCUCUAUAUCACAAACUGUUUACAUUUACGGUAUUAUUCAUUUGUAUGAAUGUCAACAUUUAUUAAUCCUCUUCCAAACGAUGAUGUUUAUUUACCUCUGUAGCAUUUUGCUGCUUAGAAAUAAUUCAGUCUUUAUUAAGAUAACUCAGCCAGAAACAUCAAUCAAGUCUGGGACGAGAGCAGCAUUAUUGAGUGCACUGUAUAACAGUGGUACAAAAAAGUUUGGGAGAGAGACUUCAAUCUUGAAGACUAAGAUGCCCGUGGAAGGAGUUCCUCUCUUGAUGACUAUGUUCUGUGGGCUUUGGUGCAAGGAAACCCCAGAACCACUGUUCGAGAACUUGCAGAGAAACUUGACCUUAGCAAAUUGAUCGUCGAUGACCACCUCAAGGCCAUUGGAAAAGUAAAAAAACUUGAAAUUCCACAAACACAUUAAACAACCGUAAAAAAAAAACCAGCAUUAUGAAGUUUGUGCUAGACUUCUUUGCCAAAGUGCUCCUUUUCUCUCCAGAAUUGUUACUUUUGAUGAAAAGUGAAUACUUUAUGAUAAUAGUAGAGGUUCUGGACUGUGGCUCGACAAAGGAGAAGCAGCAGAACAUUUUCCUAAGGUCCCAACUCAUCAAAAAAAGGUGAUGGUUGCUGUUUGGUGGGCUUCAUCUAGUUUGAUACACUACAGCUUCUUAAAUCCUGUAGAAACCAUCUAUGGUCAAUCGGAAGGGGCCCAUUUUGUUGCAUGACAAUGCCCGGCCACAUUUUGUGACAUCACAAAAACUGAGCUAGGAUUUGAAACUCUGCCACAUCUGCCCUACCCUUCGGAUAUCUCACCUACGGAUUAUCAUUUUUUUUAGAAACCUGGAUAACUACUUACGUGACAAAAACUUUAAUGGACAAAGGGAAUUAGAAAAUGGGUUUUUGUAGUUAUCAAUUUUGAAGAUGGAAAAUUCUAUUCCAAGAGAAUGGUAAAGUUGUCAACACGUUGGCAGAAAUGUAUUGAUAGUAGUGGAGACUAUUUUGAUUAAAUAAAGCAGUUAUAAAUCUCUUUUUAACCAAAAUUCUGCAUUAUUUAACAGACAACCCAAUACAAAAGUGAAUAGAAGUCUAAUACAAAAUAGUUUGUUUUACAUAAACUUAUUAACAUAAAUAUAUAUAUAUAAAAAAGUUAACUUUCGAAUAUAUAUUGGCAAUCCACAGCUCACCAACCAAAAUUGGCUAAUCACCUAUCAGUACAAACAAUGAAGAGAUUAAGAGCCUUUUUUCAUUAUUAAGGGGAAACAAUUAGUCAACACUGCCCCAAUGAAAGAAAUGUAAACUCAUAAUAACAUUAUAAUGAAUAGUUAGAGAGAGGAUUAGAAACUGUCUCUAUUAAAAGUAAUAUUACUAUUUUUCGAGCCUCCACUGAAAAAGACCUCCAUGUGAGUUAUUUUAUUUUUUAAAUCAGUUUGAAAUCGACAGCAGUGAUUUAUAUAAAGCUACCAUCAAAUGCAAGUACUGUUUUUUUUUUUUAUAUUUUUUAAUUCAUAGUUUUAGUUUGAGAGAUGAAAUAUAAGAGUUCAAGGGUGAGAUGAUGUAAGUGGAGGGCAUGGCAGUACGGAACAAUACUGCGUGCAAUGCUAAUAAACUGCAUACAAAGUAGUCGAUGAAAAUGGAAGAAUGAUUCAGGAAAGGAGGAAUCACAAGAAUUAAAUGUUGAAUGGAGGGAUAUAAGGCCAACAUUACACUAUCAAAGCUUACAAAGUCACAUAUCUAUAAAAAAAAACAAGUUGGACAAGAAAUAUGGCAGAAUAAUAGCUCAACUACUAUAAAAUUUGUUUAAUUAUAGAUAAAUUCUUUGCUUAAUAUUUUAUAAAAUAUUUACAGAGGUGGUUCGAAAGACCAAAGAUUGGCUGUGGCAGUAAUGAAGUUUUAAAUGUCUGUACAAAUGAUAAAAUUUCUUAUAACACGUUCAAAAUAAUGAUUACAACAGCAAACUUUAGGAUUUUUCUUUGAAUUUCACCUCAAAUUUUGUCAGUUAAGAGAAGAAAUGGAAAAAAAGCAGUUGUUACUAGAUAAUAAUAAACAUCAAACAUCUGCAAGCUAGUUGCUAAUUGUAUCUGCUUGAAAUAAGAAUAAAAUUUUGUGGUUUAAACCAUAAUUUCUUUUUCAUAUUUUUGUUCAGUAGUAAUGGCAUUAUGUAAUAUAGUUCAGUGAGUAAUAUUAUAAUAUUAUGAUAAUAUAUGCUCCAGGUUCUGGGUUCAAGUCCCAGCUAUGGCAGACAUUUUUUUAUUCUGUUAUACAAGCAAUGGAUCAACCACAGGACACCUCAGCCUCUACAAAGUGGCUACUCUUAAUUAAAUAAUUAAGUAAGGAAAAAAUUGGUUGAGUAUAACCCGGUCAGAUCACUUCCUUGCACAACUCUUGACCAAGAAACAGCACUUCCUUACAAAGUAUUGAUCCCAAAACAUCCUCUUGGGUUGGAGAAGAAAAGAAUUUUUUUUAUUGAUGGCUACCAAAGCUACAGCAACUUCUUUAUUUUUAGCUGCAAUUUAACAAAACUUAAAAUUUUUUGAGGUCACAAUAUUUCUUUCAUGUAUAACUUUUAUUUAAAGUUUUCUAAAAGGUCUUUAUCAGAGAACUUCAAUAAUGUAAUGUCGGCCUUAUGCAGGUUUAUUUCAGCAACACAUCAAAACAUCUCAACUAGUUUUACGGAAACCGUACUCAUUAGUGGGUUUCAGUCUUGGUGUGUUACAGAUUACCAGUUGUAUUCUACGGUUUUAUCUUCCUUUAAAAAAUAAUAAUAGUAAACUAAAAUAUACAUUACAAAAAUAAUUUAUUUUUACAAACUUUGUACACAAAAAUAGCACAAUAUACCUUUAAUCCUUUCUUUAUGAGCCAUUUAUGGUAAUACAGUAUCAACAUUCAAUAUAAGAACAAUUUUAUUUUUUAUCAUAAAAAAAAUAGGGUCGAUAAGUUUUUUUUUUAAAUACAAAAUAACUUAUAUUAGUUUAUAUAUCAAAAUGAAAAGGAAAACAAUACAAAAUAUCUAAAAAAGAAAUUCACUAUUCAUCACAAUAAUGAACUAUUUAUUUACUGGUAAUAAAUUUAUAAUAAGUUAAUAUUACUUGUCCUUUUUAUUUUUUCCUGACUUCAAGGGAAUAAUGUUUCAUUCUAAAAAUACAAAGUAAUUCUCAUUUACUGUCAGUCUUACAUAACAAUUGAUUGGCGCAACUUAAUUUAAAAGCUUUUUUACAGCUUAAUUUAAUAGAAAACUUAUCUCUGUUAGAUAAAGAGUAUAAGAAAUCUAUUUUUAAAAUGAUGAAUAAUAAAUAAAAUAUAUCUUCAUUAUUUGCUUCAAGGGAAAAGAAAAAUGAAUGCCAUAUAACAAUUUAAAAUGUAAUACCAUACUACAGACAUCUUCCUUAGAUGCUUGGUUCUGAACCUUCAAGAAACUGAGCAUAAACAUCUCUCCAGCAUUCUCCCUUCGAAUUGAACAUGAAUUUGUAGUAACUACCAUCAGCACAAA